AUGGCGCCAUUGACAGAUCAGAUCUAUUUUCCUCCGCUGGAGGACUGCCUCAAGGGCGAGACCAGCGUUCUCUCCUGGAGGCUCGUCGCCAAAGCUUUAGCUGAGCCCACCGGCGAACGUCGAAGCACAGAAACCCUGUCCAAAUUUCUAAAAGACGAACAUGUUCGAUCACUCCUUCAAGACCCAGCAACUGCAUUCAGCCCAUCCAACGAUGCGACGAAGAAGCAGUUCGAGACGACGACGACUGCCAUCAACGUGACCCCGACACCGAACGGCAAAUAUGACAUUGGAACCAUAAAGGGGGAUGCUGCAUGGUUCAGCAAAGCUGGCAAUGUCAACCUCGUUGCAGCGCUUCGGAUCGUCGUUCUCGAAUUUCAGGCUCGACCUGCCGCUCAUCUCGCAGGGCCACUAUCAACACAAGAUGCCGUCAACCUUCAAGAAGCUGCUGGCGUCAGCAACUCUCAAUCAUCGAGCCUCGUCCCCAUAUCUGGCGCCACGAUGGAUGCCGACGCCAUAUGGGCCGCGUUUGACAAGGAGGAAGCAAAGCGCUUACGCAUUUUCCAGACCUACCUCUCAGAGCGUCGUUUUCUGGCCAUGGCUGCGGACUUGACGCAUGGUGAGACUUUGCGCCAUCAGCCCAAAGCUAUCACAGGCACCGAAGAGGCUAUCGAAGCCACUUACCCUGUCCUACCCGCCGAGGAUCUGACCAAGCUGGCGGAGAAUCUCAUUUCGACCAACCUCAAGUGGAUAGCUCGGACAGUCGAGAGCCUUGGCAACGGUUUUGAACGGGAGACUGACGACAAGAGCAUCUUGAUUGAUGAGAUCGAGGUUGAAUGGCAACGCACCUUGCUGACCGAAAUCGCACACGCCUUGGCCACUAUUUUCCAGGCCCUGGACAGCCAUGGUGACCUUUUUGCGGCCCCCUCGUCUGUCCUUGAAUGGUUCACACUAAUGGAGUCUUGCGUCUUCUUCGAAGGCCUGUCUGCGCUUUUGAAUCCCUCAAGGGCAAUGGCUUUCCUGUCACAAGACAUUGACCUCCACCCCGAUGAGAACAACCCUUAUCUUGCCUCAUCAGACGUCUUGUCAAAGAUCCACGAUGCCAUCCUCACAGCUGCUGAUGCCGGCUGCGAAAGCCAGAGUCCUGUCAUGUUUGUUUGGACCGUUAUCACCCACCGCAUGACCAUCUCGCACACCGAGCGCUCGGAGAAAAGAGACACGAUCCAGAAUCAGAGGUCGCAAGACGUCUUCGAAUCUAACGAUUCGAAUGAACCCCAGGCCUUGAUUCGACCCAGCACCGGACGCCGGCUGUCCGCGGGCAGCAUCGUCUCUCUCGAUGGCUUGCCGUUCGACGGAUUUCUUGCUGUUUCUGGUCUCAAGGAUGACACGCAAGCAAUCGAACAGCUGGCCAUCGCUGUCACUUCCCAGGGCAGGGUUUAUGAUAUUGUGACACAGAUGGUUUUUGCUGCCUCUGCAUCAAACGAAGGAAGCUUUGCCCCUGCGUUGGGCACCCGCAUUCGAACUACAUUCAUCGACUUCUUGAAAGCCACUUACCCUCUGGUUGGCUACCAGUCAGAUCCCGUCACAGCCUUGCUCUCGGUCCUUUCCGCCGGAAAGAGCUACUGGGAUUUAUCUCAUGAUUUGGAUCCAGCGCAAGACAUCGCCGCUCAAACGCUGCAGGACCCUCGAGCCCUGGAAUUCUACUUCGACCAAGCAUUCAGCCGCUAUCCUUACGAGUUCUUGCCAUUCCUAAACCUCUGCCGUUCUCUCACCAGUGCAUCUGCCACGGACGAAAGCGCAGAUGCGAUUAUCAACCUGCUUCGCAAGACUCCUUCCCUCACCUUUUCUUUACCCGACAACUUCCAGGAGUACGAGUUGGCGCAGGAAGAGGAGAACACGAACACAUUCCGCCUAUUGGCUGAUAUCUCCCUGUUCAACACAUCGUCUUCCUGGAGCAGAAGAUCCCGCGAGGAUGAUGCGCUUAUAAUACCCGCUGGCACCUACGGACGUUUCAUCACCGAUACUGGCCGUGUUGUACUAAUGGAGUAUCAACAUUCAGCACUCGCUCUUCUAGGCAAACAACUAGAAGUGCAUCUUGCAUCAGAAACCUUCAACAGUGAGCUGGAGGGUUUACGAACGGAGGACGUUGCAGAAGUUGUUGCACUGCUCUCAAUGCUUCUUCAAUCUGAAUCAAUCAAGAGCAAGAAAAAAGGCCUUAAAGGCGAGCUUGUGCUCAAGGCUGGUCUUGAGAUCUUGGAAGAGACAAGCAAGCAUCUUUCGGGCAACAAGGAUAUCAUCUCCAUUGUUUGCAGCCUGCUCGACGUCUACACACAAGACGACCAAGCGACUGCCGAUGGCCCUGGUAUCCUUGUCUUGACCUCGUGUGUCCAAUUCCUCCACGCAACUUUGCCACUUUGCCCAACCCGCGUCUGGUCCUACAUGGCUCGAUGCGAUCUUCUCAACUCGGACUCACGUGCCGGAAAGUUGACUAGGUUGGUCGGCCAACUUGACCUAUCACCCGAUCGCUUUGAUUUCCUGCUUUCCGUUAUCAGGUUGUUCUCAAGCCUUGUCGACAGCGUAAUGCAUAGCGCUAUCCAGCGGAAGUCUGGCAACAAGAUUGUCGGCCGCCAAAAAGUCUCAAACAAUGUCUGGCUCGGAGUUGCGGACAAGGUGCUUGCAAGAGUCAGCCUUGCUAUUGCCCAAAGUGCCGUUGAUGUCUUCGAGAGCUCCUCUACCUGGCGGUUCCCAUCGGAAAUCCAUCAGACAAUACUGAUUCAAGAUCUGAUCCCCAUCAUGGAGAGGCUUGUGACUGACACAUAUUCCAUCGGCGACCCCAGAAGCCCCGAAUCACUGUCCAUCUGCUUGCAGCCAGCAUCUGACUACAUCAUCGAGUCUUUCCUCUCUGGCUCCAAUGGCUCGUUGAGGUUUCAGGCUCUUCUUGGGACUUGGAUCACUGCAUUGCGCAUCCCGGAUUCCACUCUAUACCUCGGCAAGCUAUCUGCCAUCAGGAGGCAGAACCGACAGCAGUGGAUGUCAAACUGCCUGCUCACAGGCAAAACACCUCGCGACGCGCUGAGCAGGGGUGCCGAUAAAACCACUGAAUCAGCGACCACCUCUGUUCUAAGCACUGCAUUCGCUAAGCUGAAGGCCAUCAACGACCUGGAGAGGGAGGAGGCGCUGAAGGUUCUCGACUUUGUUGCUUCAGCGCAGAAUCACUGGCCGUGGACAAUCUUCACGAUGCAGAGGGAUUCAUCCUACUUCGAGUCUCUUCGCCGUUUCGUGCGAGAGCUACAGACCUCAAGCACGACCGCGAGGACAGAUGCCACGAAGGCAGCGGUCGAGGCUAAGAUGGCGGCCUACAUCGCUGAGAUCUUUGCUAUGCAGCUGUACCAUCAGCGACAGAUGGGCGGCGCUGAGGAGCUGGCGAAAAGCCUUGUGGCGGAUCUCGACUAUUUUCUCCGUGAUGGUGUCGAGGUGGCAAGCUACAACAACUCACUGCACAACAACUUUACGAAGAACUUUGCGUCCAAAUACCCUGGAGUGUCCCUGGACAGCCUCAAGCGAACGGCAUUGGAGCCUCGCGAGCUUGGAAAGUGGUACUACUACGCCCUGGAUCGUGCAAAUACGAUGCUUCCUUCGAUCCCGGCUGGCACGGUCGACGAGAUGAUGGAUUCAGGAAUGAGAUGGGCAUCGCGAACGCCAACUUGUCUCUGGUCGAUGCCCAAAUUUUCUUUGCCAGAGAACCCUAAUGUCCAGAAGCAAAUGCUACAAGUAGCCCAGCAGUGUCUCAACGCCAACCAGUCAACUCAAGGUCCCGAGAAUAUCUUCGUACGCAUCGUCGAGGAUCGAGCCAACUUGGCCUUGAUGUUGCUUCGUCGGCUCGUCGGUACAUCUCCUACAUCUCAAGACAUCAAGCAGAUCUUGGGCAGCCUGUUCAGUGUGAUCAACGCCGUCCAAGACCCAUUCGGACCCGAGUCCAUCGAAUACCACCGGACCAUUCUGAAGACAGUCUAUGUCACACUGCGUCUUUACGGCUCCGCGGACAAGGAAAGCCUCAACGCUUCAACAUCUGGUCCCAAAGGCUCGUCAACAACCUUGACACAGACUAUUCUCAAUCUCCUUGAUACCGUUGUGGCCAAGGGCUUCAGAUCACUGAUUAGCUUGUCUGAGUAUGCCUGCGAUGGACCAGUGCCAGACUCAAAUCCUUUAACAUCAUGCGUCAUACGACGCCAUGCACGCAGCGACAUCUCUGUUUUCUUGGUCAGACAAACUCUCGACCAACAGCGACCCGAUUACGGAGAGCUGAGUCUGCUCUUCCUUUUGGAGCUUUCUACACUACCCACUCUCGCGGAACAGAUGGCGGCCGAUGGCUUGCUGAGCCACCUCACUUCGGCUAACAUUACAAAUUACAUGCGUAAAGGCAUUAUCUCGCCAUUUUCCGACGUUGUCGGCGCUCAGAGGUGUUACAGCAUUUGGGCGAAGGGCGUCCUACCUCUCCUCCUCAACCUCCUCACUGCGCUCGGCGGGACAGUGGCACCCGAAGUCGCCUAUGUUCUGAACCAGUUCCCCCACCUUCUCAAAUCCAGCGUGGAGAGGUUUGAAGCGCCUGGCGCUAGUCGUACGGCUUCGCGCGAUGCACCGCACUACGUCACGCUUCUUGCUGUUUCCGAGGUUCACUCGCUAGCUCUGCUGACCAAGGUCAUCGGCGCUCUCCGCGUGAACAACAACCGCGACAUUCCUGAAGUUGAUUGGGAUGCAGCAUCGCUUCUGGAAAACAUCGACUUCUGGCUCUCAACACGCAAACUUCUCAAGGAGCGGCUGCUGCCCCUGGGUCAGCGCGAGGUCGAAUGGAGAGGCGCAGCUAUCGACGCUGCCGGGGAUGAGAGGAAACCGGACAAUGUGCUCGAGGCCAAGGUCGUCGCGCAGAUGGAGGCCGUUCGAGACGUGCUCAUGGAGGAUUUGGAGUAG